AUGUUCAUUCGUAAACUCAAUUUCCAGCAACUGUUUGGUUAUGGCCCUGUUGCACCCAGUUUGCAUCUUAAGAAGUCUAGUUCCUUCAAUCCACCAUUACAUCCCCAAUUAAGUAAUUUAGAGAACAGAAUUGAGAGGGAAAUACGUAAACAUCUAAGCCAGGAGUCUGUUGAAUGCAAUCUGACUGAUGAGGAGAACACAGUAUUAUAUGGCUUGGCACACAACCAUUCCAUUAGAGUGAUGCAACCGGAUAAAGGAGGGGGUAUUGUCAUUAUGAGUCAGCUCUUAUAUGACAGUAAAAUGGGGGAAAUACUAUAUGAUACCAACAAAUAUACUGUAACAUCUAUCCAGGAAAUACAUUUGUCAUACAAAAAGAUUGACUUAACCAUCAAAGAUAUGUUGGAUCAGGAGGUCAUUGAAUUUGACACCUUUUCCUUCUUAGAAAACAAUUACCCAAAAGUACCCACCAUUUUUGGUGUGCCCAAAAUCCAUAAGUGUGUGUAUGACCCGCCAUUGCGACCCAUAGUGGCUGCACAAGGUUCCAAGACACAUUCUAUUGCAAAGUUUUUGGAUUGGAAGCUAAAGCAGGUUUGGGGGAAAGAGUCGUAUCUCAUCAAAGACUCUUGGGAAUUUUUGCGGAGAGUGACCACAGACCUCUAUAAGCCCAAUCUUAUAUUUCUUACAAUAGAUGUGGUCGAUUUGUUCUCAGUAAUACCUACUGAAGUUGGACUCAAAUGGAUAGAGGAAGCUUUAUGGGAGUGUGCAGGGAUAACACAUAACGAUGUCACCAUGGUUAUGGGAUUGUUGGAGUUGGAUAUAACAGACCUUGAUGGAUUUAAAAACAUAACCUUUAAAACCGUGUAUAGAAGAGGUCUUAAUUUGAAAAGAAUUUUAGAAAAGGGAGCAAUUCCAAAGACACUGAAAAUCUGGGUCCCAGAUCAGAUUAAUGCUGGUACCAAUAUCAGCCUGAACUGUUCUGUAGCAAAUAUUUUUCCAAAAAACUCUGUACAGAUGCUUUUCAGUACAGAUGUCCUCAAAGGCAGUGAGAUAUCCUUCUCUGGGGAAAAUGAAAAUGGAACAUUCACAUUGACUACAACAUUACUUUUCACUCCACAACCUUUACAUCAUCAGAAAGUAUUUACUUGCAAAGUGAUCCACACAGACCUCAAUAAGACACUGCACACCAAUAUUACUAUUGAUGUAAAAUAUCCCCCCAAGAUCAAGUCUCUCUACUCCUGUCUUCCAAGUACUGAGGAAUACUGUAGAAUUUGUGAAAGUGAAGCUAAUCCUGCUGCCAAUAUCACAUGGAAUAUAAUAAAUGGAGACAAGGAAGAAACAUUAAAAGGAGAUGAUCUUCAAAUCAAUGGUGUUAGAAGUAAUGGAACUAUUCGCCUAAAAUCUGUCCAUGGUACAGUAUACUGUGUGGCAACAAAUAUAUAUGGUUCUGACAAAUGGAGCAUAGAUAAUGGGUCAAAACAAGAUUCUCAUAUAGUGGGUGUAAUUGUACCUGCAGCUACAAUUGCAGUUUUACUUUUUGUAUCUCUACUGGUUUACGUGAUUUGUAAAGUUCACAUGUCCAAAAGGAAAACAUGUCAGCCACAUGUUCAAACAGCGCAUAUCAGUCAAAGGAUGGAGGAACAGGCUACAGAUAUUACAUAUAUGCAAGUCCGCAAAAUGGUGCAAAACAAUUGUGAUCAACAGGAGAAUUCAGUUCAAGAUGUGAUGUAUGCUGUUGUCAGUGUAACAAAUGGAUACAGAAAGAAAGAUUUACAUGCACCUAGUGAAUGCAAUACUCUUCCAAUAUAUGCAAAUGUUGAGUUUCCCAAGACAAAUGAAGAGAAACCAAAAGUGUCGCUGGCACCAGAGAUGACAGAAUAUGCCAGCGUGUUAUUUACCAAAUGAUAGCAGUUAGUAGUCAAUAGUGUAAGGGUCCAGAAUUCAUCUGUCAAGUGAUACAUAGUGCAGCUAAAUUGAGAAUCUACCUGACAAUACUAAACUGACACUUUCAAAAGCUAACUUGAUGCACUGAUCACUGCACUCACUAGAACACAUAAAACAAAUUGUAGCUAAUUUGAUUUAAAGUGUCAAACAAUUUGAAAAACAGCAGUUCAACUAAUUUUUCUCUACCAAGUUUUUACAGUGGGCAAGCCCUUUUGUAUCUUCCAUAAUACAAGCUUAAACAUAAUUCUGAGGCCACAUGGCCUCAGGGAAAAGGGAAUGAAUGUAUUCUGUGUUUCUCAAUGUUAUAUAGUCUCACAGCUGUUACUUUCAAAUUCAGGGGAUGUGAGGUGAUGUGGCAAGUCCACCCCCUCCCCCCUAAAUAAUUUUACUUUUGUGCCUUUUGUCAUUGUAUUUAGAGCACAAGCUACUAUAUUUGAUUGUUAUUUAUGUACUUUUGGUAUGAUGUGCUUCAAGUUGUGUUACUUUGAUUGUAACAUAGUUUCACAUUAGUGUGAUUGGUAGUUUGGCUUUCAGAAUUUUUACUUUCAAUAUGGUUGCAAACACUCUCAGUUAUAAUGCAUGAUUAAAAAAAAACAUCAGUUCUGGAGCACAGAUGCAGGCAUAUAAAUGUACAAAAAUGCCAAUGGGAAAGACCAGUGGUCAGUUGAGUUCAUCUAGUUAUUGCAGCAAGACCAAAAAUAGUUGGCCCCUAGUAAAUCAGAGGUUUAUUUGCUAAGCUCUUAAUAUUCUUAGUAACUGCUUUGUAGUCCCAACCUAUAAAAAUAUAGCACUGUCCCACAUUUUAAUUGUUUCAUUCCAAGCAAUUUUAAGUGAGUGUGAUCACAUUUUCACUUUACUAUUCACUGAGUUCACAGGUUUAUAUGUACUUUCUAGGCUAUUAACAACAACUGGACCAUGCUCCAAAAAUAUCAAGUUAAGCUUUAAUAAAAGACUUAGCACCUCGGUCAAAGGCUGUUGAUCUGUGAGGAGGUUAAGAAGCCUAGCCUUGCAUUCCCAAGGUAGUUUUUAGCCCUUAUAUUUUUUCAUGAAUAACCCAUUCCUGGAUAGAACACUUGAUGUUGGGAGUUUUACUUGUUACCUCUUUCCAUAAGGGACAUGGGUGUUAACCUAUGAGUGAAUUUACUGUUUCCCAUAUAGUCAUCCACAUUCCAUUUGAAUAGAGUAAAAUAAGUGCUGUGCUUUAUGUGGAGUGGAAGACAAUACCAUAGCAGUGCUAUUCUCUGUCAUACUUUUCUGUCCCCCUAACAUGCUCUGUUUAUGUUGCAAAAGGGUUGAGAUCCCCUGAUCAGGUAUUUGCACAACCCUUGAAUGUGUAAUAGGUUUGACAGGAUAUGGUCUGUUGAGGUUCUAUGCAUGAGGCUGAGCUCACCUCUUAGUAGUUUGUAUGAUACUCAGAAGAGGUGCAAAACUUUGAGAUGGCCUGCAUAGCUUUUACAAUUUAGGCCCUUGAUUUAUUAAGUGAGAAACUGUUAAUGGUCAUUUCAGUUGUGUCCAUUGUUUGGGCAGCUACUUACCAAAAGUGGCAUUAUAUUCAAUGAUUGGCCUAAGUAGAACUGAGUACAGUGGCAUGAUUAUACCCCUGGACAUGGACAUAAUACCUUUAGAUAUACACUGUGCAAUGAAAAAAAAAAAAAACUUCCUUGCAAUAGUAGAUAUGUGAUAAUCAGAGGACAGUUAGUUGUUGACAUAGGUUCACAAAUCCCUGAAUAUAGGAUCAUCUUCCAGGGGUGUGUUCUUAAUUUGAUAAUUACAAGGGUGGUCAUUGCUUGCUGAAGGAUGCAAGUAUAUUUUUCUUGGCAUUUAGUUUUAGUCCAUGGUUUGAACACCAGCUAAUUGUUUGAGAAAAGCCCUGUUGGAAUAUCUUGGUGUCCUCUGGGGAGUUUAUUAUUAUACCAAGUUUUCAGUCAUCUGCAAACUUAGUGAGGCUCAGAUCCUUAACAUUUUCUUUGACCUCCAAGAAGCAAAUGACAAAGAGGAGUGGUCCAAGGACUAAGUACUGGGGUAUGGCACUAGUGGCAGGUGUUUUGAAGGAAGUACAGCCACCCACAUUAAUUUCCUGUGCUCUUUUUGUGAGCCGAUUUGCUAUCCAACAAAUUUACAUUUACCUGGCAGUGGUUAUAUAUGAUAUGUGUGUAUGUUGCAUGGUAUCAGAUGACUUUGCAAUGUCAAGCUAUGUGGUGUGUACUGAUAUGCUCAGACACAUUGAUUCAAUGACCUCCUCAAACAAGCUGACCAGGUAGAAGAAGUAGGAGGAAUCUCCCCUUAAUGAAUUUGAACUGGCUCGGGUCAAGAGUUUGCAGGCUGCCUAUGUCCUUAUUUAUUAAUUCCAUAACAGUCCUUUCUACAGCCUUGCAGAUUAGGCUGGUCAGGUGUAUAGGUCUAUAAUUACCUAGGUCAGUAGAAACCCCACCUUUGUGCAAGAAGAAGACUCUUGCUGUCCUCCAUUCAUACAAAAAACCUGUUUGAAGGCUGAUAUUAGUCUCUGCAAGUGAUCUGACAAGUGCUCUUUCAAGCUGUGCAGUAGGCAGCCUGGUAUGCUAUCCAGUCUCAUGGAAAUACCUUGAGGACUUGCUUCAGGGAGAUUUAAUGGGGAGGUGUUGAUGCAGCUGUGUGAUCUGGGACUAUAAGAAUGGAGAGGGGGAAAUAACUUAAGCUAAAUUCAUCUGCUAGUAGACUGGAUAUGCAGUCCAGAUCCAAGUAUGUCAUAUCAUUUACUAUUAGCUCUGUGCAUUGCUCUGUAUUGUUGUUUCUCUCUUUUUUAACACAGUGAAAGAAGGCUUUCUGGAUAUCCUUCACCUUGUGGCUAUUUUAAUUUCAUAUUUGGCUUUGGUUAAUUUGACUAGAGUCUGUAGCUUCCUGUUAAAUUUAGCUAAAGCACUUUAGGAAUCUUGAGAGCUCAUUUUAUUUUUGUGUGCAAUGAGUUUUUUUCUUUUAUCAUACAAUCUGUUUAUAUUUGGGUUCCACCAUAGAGGUUUAUUCUUAAAUUUGGUUUUGCAUUUACUUUAGAGGGAACAAAUGCAUUUAUUCAUGUGCAUAGAUUUUGGCAGUAAAGCAUUCUGCAUAAGCAGUAGGUCAUCAGGCUGGAAGGGGGUUUUGAAUUUAAUGAAAUCAUCACUCAGUUUUAUCAGAUUAGCUUUCACAUAGCCUCUCAAUGCCAAGAUAUUGAAGAAUGCUUCUGGUUUUAGUCUUAUAGUGAAUGUGAUUGAUUUGUGGUUAGAUUUGACCAUGGAGAAAGUAACAAUUAAUGAGGAGCAAACUUGUCCAAUAUUGCUAAGGAUCAAGUCCAGGAUUUCGUUGCCCCUUGUUGUGAUGCGGACUAGCUGGGUCAGAGACUCUGUAUUGAUAAGUCCAGAAACAGUUAAUGGAAGGGUAUUGAAGUCUGCUAGAAAGAACUCUCCUGUGGACACCAAAAUAUUCUUGUAGAGCUUUUCCUAAACAAUUAGCUAGGAGAACAGUGUUUUGCUUAAUGCAUAGAGACUUCAUAUUGGUUAGUUACUAGGGGGCAUAGACAAAGUCCUAAAGUUAGCAAUGUAUGAUAAGGAGGUUUUUUUAUCUAAAAUUGGACAUGAAUUUCAGAAAGUUAUCUUGCCUAACAUGUUUGGAGAUGAAAUGGAGAUGAAAUGUUUUGUUUUUUUUACGAGAAGGAUAUUUUGCCACUUUUAUUAGUUUUAUUAGUUUAUUAGUUCAGUAAUAAAACCUUGCACUAACGGUCUCCUUGACCAUGCAUAUUUUCCAGAGUAAGGUGUGUCUGUAAGCUCCUAGCAUUAAACAGCUAUACCUUCAUGUUAUCUGGAUUCUGUUUUGUUAUGUUGGAGGCUGUAGAAGACUGAUGUUGACUAUGAAAGCACUAUGGGGGACUUCAUGGAUUUAGUCAAUGUAUGAAAGCCUUAGAGGGAUAGGUAGAUGAUGUCCUUGUCAAAGCAGCUAGGACUGUUUACCACCUCCUCCCAAGCAGAUAUGUCUCAUAUCCUCCCUUAGAAUGACACCAGAAGCUAAGCCAAUUGUUGAAGUUAUUAAUCUUCUGUUCAAAUUGACACAUCAUUCUUGGUGAUGGUAGAAUACUCCUCACGACUAGGUUUAGACCUGCCUUGAAUACAUAUUCAGAAAGCCUUGGAUGCAUAUUCUUUCAUAUGUCUCUUAAUAAAGUCUAGGAGGGUACAUUUGAAGUGAUACCCACAUGCAUAAUGACUGUGUCAUGUGUACUUGAGGUGCAAGGACUUGAAUGAAUGUGUGAUAUGGUGAAUCCUGGCACUUGAUGAACAACUGACUGUGAUCCUCUCCUUGCACAGCCUGUUGAGUGGUGCAUUGGUAUGUCUCACUACAGAUUCACCUAUGACAAGGAUAUUGGACUGACUGAACCUCCCCAUCUGUCAGCUGUAUACACACAACUCUAGAUAUGCCUUAGUAGUGCCCUGCACAAUGGAAGGCUAACCUCAGUGUAUCUGUUGUGCUCCCCUUUGACUAUGUUUUCCAAAACUCUACUGUCAUUUAUCACUUUGCUUUCACAGUACAUACCAUGUUUCAGUUAAGUUGUGUUGAUUAUCCCAUAUCCUUUUCCUCCUCUGUCCUGCUGUCUCUUUCAGACUCACAGCAGUACAUGUUUUCAUAGAGUUCUUCCACCUGAAAUCCAUAACCAUUUUUUGUAAUACAUCUUAGCUGCUACUUAUCUACACACAAUUCCAGCUCCCACAGGUUUCCUUGAAAGCUGAUCACCCUUUCCUGACUAUCACACCCAUAUUCAUGUCUUUUGUGCUCAGAAAUGUUGUUACAUUUUAAAACUGGUGUAAUAUGUAACACAAAUAUAUUGACCAUGACUGAACAAGCAUCAAAUCCUGUGACACUGCAUUGCUUACUCUCUUCUUUCUAAACAGUUCUGCAGUAACAGUACUAGCUUCUUGUUAGCAUACCUCUCAACUGUCCAGAUUUUCACAGCAUAAACAGAUUUUUGCCUCAUAUUUGUGGUCUUUUCUGCAUAAAAUUUGUAGUUUGCCAGCAAACCACUGGGGUUUAAAGUUAGUAAAUAAUGACAGGCAUUUGAGUUUUAGGCUUCAUAUCCUUCAGAAAAUGCAAGUUAAUAUAAACUUGUUAUUAUAACAAAUCUCUAAGUUUAUAAGAGCAAUGUUUAAAAUUUGGCUUUAGGCCUUUAUCCCUGAAUUAUUAUAGGCUUUGUCCAGAUUUGUCCGUAACCUAAAAGGUAGGACCUAGACGUGUGCUGAAUUAGCUGUGGAUGGCAUCACACACACUGAUCCUGCAAAAAUUGCUAACUUAUUAGCUGAAAGGUUUGGCAAAAAUGUCAUCACCCUGUCCCCUCCAAACAUUCCACAAAGCAUUCCUUGUACAUCUACCCCACCUUACAUCUUCAAAGAGCAAAUCAUUAAUGCUCUCUCUAUGGCCAAAAACACAGAUCUUAUGGGACCAGAUGCAUCCCAGGAUGUGUUUUAAAUUGUCUAAAACAUGAGUUAGCAACUCCAUUAUGUACCCUCUUCAACCACAGUCUGAGUACUGGUUUUGUUCCUGCUGAA